UCUCUAGGAUUAUGACAAUGGGUUGAUGUUGAUGAGGUGGUCUGUUCGCUCUAUCCUCAGAUCUCUCCGAGACACAGUGACUGAAGGACACACACUCACUGGUGUCUCUUUAAACCUGUAAUCUCUGUGAAGAGUGUGUGUGAUGACGGGGAACUCGACAUGUUCCCCCGCAGGACCGCUUUCUUCUGAACUCAUGAUCGGUUCGGUCAGCGAGACUCGUUCACUGAAGAAGCUGUCAUGGUGGACAUGUUCCUGGGGAAGGUUCUGGUGAAGAACAACAAGGACAAAGACGAGCUGGACACGGAGCGCGAGAUCAUCCUGCGUCUCCAGAACCGCAUCCUCAUGCUGUUUUUCGGCUCGGGCGAGUGUGAGAAGUGUCAGGACUUCGCUCCGACGCUCAAAGAAUUCUACAAGAAGCUGACGGACGAGUUUUACGUGGAGCGAUCGGCCCAGCUGGUGCUGCUGUACAUCUCGCUGGACUCGUCCGAGGAGCAGCAGGAGAAGUUCCUGAAGGAGCUUCCCAAACGCUGCCUGUUCCUGCCCUACGAGGACCCCUACAGGACGGAGCUGAGCGAGAUGUUCGAGGUGCAGGAUCUGCCGAGGGUGGUGGUCCUCCGUCCGGACUGCUCCGUCCUCUUGCCCGACGCCGUGUCGGAGAUUUGCACGCUCGGGCCGGACUGCUACCGCAACUGGCAGGAGGGGGCGGAGCUUAUCGACAGGAACUUCAUGAUGAACGAGGAGUUUGACGAAGGCAAAAUGCGCAGCCUGACCGACCCCAUCCGACGCGUCAAAUACAAGGUGGAGGACAAGAAGAAAAAGAAGAAGAAAAAAGACGAGGACGAAGAGGAAGAUGGAAAUGAUGGAGGAGGACCUUGGGGCUGAGGUCUGAACACUUGCUGACGCUCGAAUAACAUUAGCGAUACAGACAUGAAGCCACGAGUAAAUGCUAGAGAGGUAACGUCGCUGGACAGAUGGAUGGUCCACAGCAGCAGUUCUCAAAGCCCAUACGUGUACACAGAUGAUUUUAAUUUACAGAACUGUCCAAAGAUUAAAAUAACUCAAUUAAUGUAAAUGAGAUAUUUGAAUUUUAAUAUUCCAGAAGUGAAUGGAGUGGAAUGUUCUUCUUCUUCAGUUUUCCCGCUCUUUUUUUAACUGAUGAAUUUCACUGACUCCUCCUGUUGUUUAUGGUUUACUUGAUAAGUAUUAAGGAUAUUGAAUUUCUACUCACAAUUUCUCUAGAGCAAUGCCAUUAAUAAUAAACUCUAAUUUCACACUAACGGUGUUAUACACUUAGCUGAUGCUUUUAUCCAAAGCGACUUACAAUUGCUAUAUAUGUCAGAGGUCGCACGCCUCUGGAGCAACUA